CUGCUACAACAUUAGCGCACUGAAUUCAUUCUCUUGCUUUCUCUCUCUAGCUUUUGCCCCCCUUUCUCUCUCCUAUUCUGCAUUUUCUUGUUUUGAUUCGGAUUUUUUGGUUGCAAACCCUGCAUUUAUCUUCUAUCUUUUUCAACGAAGCAUUAUUCGAUUUCGUCUCUGCCUCUCUUUCUCUCUCCCUCCCUCUUUUUUAGAAGCUCAUUUUCUUUCUCUUUCUCUAUUUUUCAACCUUCUUCUCUGCUCUCUGGCUUUGAUCUGCACAUCAGUGCAAUCCAGAAAAUGAAGAAGUUUAUACUGAAGUUGGACUUGCAUGAUGACAAAGCUAAGCAGAAGGCUCUUAAGACAGUUUCUACUCUUUCAGGGAUUGAUUCCAUCGCCAUGGACAUGAAAGAAAAGAAAUUAACAGUGAUAGGAACAGUUGAUCCUAUAACUGUAGUGAGCAAGUUGAGAAAGUACUGGUCAACAGAUAUAGUUUCUGUAGGGCCAGCAAAGGAGCCUGAGAAGAAAGAAGAGCCAAAGAAAGAGGAACCCAAGAAAGAAGAAGAGGCUAAGAAAGAAGAACCAAAGAAAGAAGAGGAGGCAAAGAAAGAGGAACCCAAGAAAGAGGAAGAAGCAAAAAAAGAAGAGCCAAAGAAAGAGGGAGAAGCAAAGAAAGAAGAGCCAAAGAAAGAGGAAGAAGGAAAGGCUGCACCAGCACCAGCACCAGCACCAGCACUGGCACCUCCACCAGACCCAGUUUUAGAGCUGGUCAAGGCAUACAAAGCUUAUAAUCCUCAGCUGACAACGUACUACUAUGUCCAAAGCAUUGAAGAGAAUCCAAAUGCUUGUGUUAUUUCUUAAGUUGGAAAUGGCUACAGAAAAAGAGUUCGCCUUUGUCUCGGACUGGUGAUGGUUUUUGAUCUUAUCAGUCGAUGUGCAAACAUGUGUUAAAGAGGUAAAACACCGAAGAACAGAGGAACCUUGUAUAUAGAUGGUGAUGCCUCAUUCAAUCUAUUCAGAACAUAAGUAAUGUGUAGAAAGAAUAAAGGAAAUUUUGGAACUUGUUUUUUUUUGUCACCACCGUAGUUGUUAUAUCAUAUAUACUAUUUGCUUA